AUGUUUAGCUCAGAGCCAAUUUCUAGAGAAAUGGAUAAGUUGAGUAGUUUCUUGUUUUCCGGUGGUGGUGGGGGUGGUGGGGGUUCUUCGAGCUUCAAAAAUGGUGAAGGAAUGGAGCCUGAGUUCUUUAGGAGCAAAGAAAUGAUGGGUUCUGAUUUUUUUCAGCAACAGUCACAGUUUCAGCAGAGUAAUUCCGGUGGGUUAACGAGGUACAGGUCAGCUCCAAGUUCGUUUUUCGCCGGAAUUCUUGACGGAGACGGGAAUAAUUCCGGCGAAAAUUUCAUUACCGGUGAUGGGUCUUCGAGUUCUGAUUCGGAUUCCAUGUUCACCGCCUUAUUGAACAAUAACGACACCAACAACAACAAUGGUACUCGAGAUCUGAAUGAUCAAAACCAGAAGAAUCAGCUUCAGUUUGGUACUUCUUUGAAACAGGAGAUUGGUGAGGAGAUUGAAUUUGGGAAUGAAAAUGGUGUACAAAAUAGAUAUGAGAACGGUGGUGUUUCUUAUAGUGUAGGGGUGCAAAUGCAAACUAGAGCAAAUUUGAGUAAUGGAAAUGGUGACUCUGAUCUCAUCAGACAAAGCAGUUCACCAGCUGGAUUCUUCAAUGGAUUUAUGAGAGAAGUUGGGAAUUUCGGAGCAAGUGUUGGGACUAACAGGGAAGCAAGUACAUCAACUAAUGGUUUCAACAAUCAUAUAAGUUACUCAACUAAUCAAUCAUCUACCUCAAACUUGAUGCCUAGCAUUGCUGAGAAUGAAUCUUGGAACGGCGCGUCGUUUAAUUCCUUGAAGAGAAAUAGAGAUGAUGAUCUGAAAAUGUUCUCUAGUAAUUUCAAUGGAAUGACUAAUCAGAAUGACGAAUCAAGAAACUACACUUCUUCUGGUUUAUCUCAUCAUUUAAGCUUGCCUAAGACAUCUUCUGAGAUGGCUGCCAUAGAGAAAUACCUACAGUUCCAACAAGAUUCAGUGCCUUGCAAAAUACGUGCUAAACGAGGCUGUGCUACGCACCCACGAAGUAUUGCAGAAAGGAUGAGACGUACUCGGAUUAGUGAAAGAAUGAAAAAACUGCAAGAUCUUUUCCCAAAUAUGGACAAGCAAACAAACACAGCUGAUAUGUUAGAUUUGGCAGUUGAUUACAUUAAAGACCUUCAGAAACAAGUCCAGACACUGACCGAUAAAAAGGCGAAAUGCUCGUGUACAAGUAAGCAGCUGCAAUAUUCAAAUGGAACAACAUGAAAUAGUCUCGUGUACAGAUAGUAAUAGGUGAAGUUAGAUGGAAAAGGAGAGUAAAUAAACUCUCUUUCUACCCUAAUAUGCUGGAAAUAUGGUUUUACUUGUUUUUAUUUAGCAAUAAGGCAAGUGUAGUUUUCAAUGUAUUAUUGAGUUUGAUUAGAUCUAAUACUAAUCAAAUAACAGUCUAGUGAGUACAAUCUAGAUGUAUAGGAGCACAUGAUUAUUGUAUUAUGCUGUUGUUCAUUGGAAUUUAACUGUGUUAUUAGUUGAUUCGAAACUUUAUAAGACAGAUAAUAUCGAUUGGAAAGAGUA